AUGGUCGGCAUUAGCGGCGGUGUACCAAGCGAGAAGCAUGACGUUCGCCUAGGCGAUGUUGUGGUCAGUGCACCUCGUGAUAGUGAGAGUGCCUCCAACAUCAUUACGCGCCGCAAUAAUGGGGAUUCAACACAGUACGAGAGGAAGGGGCAUCGGCUCAAGAAGGCCGUCAACAGCAUUCUCGACAAGAAUGCGAGGCUGCGGCGGAGGUACGAAAGGCCGGAACCAAUCACAGACAGGCUAUUUCAGCCCGAAGUCGUCCAUGACUCAACAUGCGGAGCUGCGUUUUGUGCGCAUGAUUCUUCUAAUUUGCUACUGCGACGCGAGCGGACCGAGCAUGAGGAUAACCUUGCUAUCCACUACGGCCUGAUUGCUUAUGGUAAUCAGUUGAUGAAAGAUGCUACAAUUCGGGAUAGCCCUGCGGCAGAAAAAGAUAUUCUCUGCUUUGAAAUGGAGGCCGCAGGGCUGAUGAACCACUUUCCCUGUCUAGUCAUCCGGGGUAUAUGUGACUACUCGGACUCGCAUAAGAACAAAGAGUGGCAGGGUUAUACAUCGAUGGUGGCCGCUGCAUAUGCAAAAGACGUCUUAAGUAGGAUCUCUCCGAAUAGGGUUAACAGCGAGAAAAGAAUUAGCGAUAUUCUAUCUGAUCACUCGGGCCAGAGCAAAUUGAAGUACCUUUUAACAAGUCGCCCGUAUGAACAGGUUGUGGGCAAGUUCGUGCGGCUGCUGGAAUCGUUCCCCUAUGUCCGUAUACCGGGAGAGGAAGAGUCGCAUAGUAUUGGUCGAGAGGUCAAUCAUGUCAUCCUAUACCAGGUCGAGCAGCUAGCGAAAGAGAAAAGGUUUUCAGACCUUGUCAAAAUUCACCUAACAACAUGGUUGCUCGAGAUUCCGCACUGUACCUACCUCUGGGUAUAUCUUGUGUUCAACUUUUUGAUGAGAGAAGGCUUCCAUAAACAGACACCUAAAGGAGUCGAUUCCGCAAUAGCCACCCUGCCAAGAAAUGUCUACGAGGCAUAUGAGCGAAUUCUCAACAAGUCAAAGAAGGACCCAAUGGUUCGAAGGACCUUUAGCAUCAUCUUGGCAGCGAGUCGUCCACUGACACUCUCUGAAAUGAACAUUGCACUGAACGUUAAUAGCGUAUCGAAGUCUAUUCAUGACCUCGACCUAGAGGAAGACGAGGACUCCAGUCAGAGCACACACAAUAUUCUUGCAGAGGUCUGUGUGAACUAUCUUGACUUUCUUGAUAACGGAACUAUUCCCGCGGAUGGCCGAACAGAAAGUCGCCAGAACAUCGACAAACACGUUUUCUUAGGCUAUUCAGCUAGAAAUUGGGUUGCCCAUUACCAGAAGGCUAACGUUAGUGCCGAUUCCAGUAUAAUACCUACCAUUUUGAGGCUAUGUAGCCCAGAUUCAAAGAGCCGCUCGGCAUGGCUUCCAGAUAACUUCACAGGCUAUAUCUGGAGUAAAAGCUUUACCAGUCUAAUGAUAUCGUCUCUUUUGGGGCUGGAGGCAGUCGUCAUGUUUCUCCUCACGAAUGGAGAUGAGCUCGAUUCGAGAGAUCAUGAGGGCGAGACGCCGCUAUCAGCUGCUGCAGCGAACGGGCACGAGGCCAUCGUCAAGCAACUGCUCGAGAAGGGCGCUGAUUUCGAGUCGAAAGACAAUGAGGCCCGAACGCCACUGUUUUUGGCGGCGGAAAAUGGGCACGAAGCAAUUGUCAACAUACUCCUGGAAGCAGAUACCGACCCUGAGUCGAAGGAUAAAGCUUUUGGGGCAAUGUGGGAGUUGUGGCGAUGGAAGAAAGGAUGA